AUGACGAAGCUGUCACUGUUCAGCACUCUCAACCUCUUCCUAGCUCUCUUCCUCUGUCUGGGGACGUCCUCCUUUGCCAGUGCAAAAGAUGCAAGCCAUCACUACUUUCAGAUUAAUGCCGCCGACAUCCUGCCGUCGGCGAUGCAACUUUGUAAAGCGGGAAAAGGUGCAGGUCUCCGCGAGCAAGGACGGGGGGUGCUAAAACUGGUCCACCGGCAUGGUCCCUGCUCCCCUUUCUCCGGCAACCCCGGAUCAGCGGCGAACGGCAGCCAGCUGACCUUGACGGAGAUCGUCCAGCAGGAUCAGUCCCGUGUCGAAUGGAUCCAUUCAAGGGCGUCCUCAUCCCCAUCUUAUAACAAACAAGUGCAGGACCCCUUCCAGACACAGGCAACAACAACCCUCCCUGCUCGCCCAGGCGCAUCAUUAAGCACUGGGAACUACAUAGUGACGGUGGGCCUAGGGACGCCGAAGCAGGCCUUCAACCUAGCCUUUGACACAGGCAGUGACCUCACCUGGGUCCAGUGCGAGCCCUGCAUCUCAUGUUACCCGCAGCAGGGGCCCAGGUUCAACCCCGCCUUCUCUUCCACCUACCAGAGGGUAUCAUGCACUGCGCCCGAAUGCGCCGCGGCAAAGCUCGAGUCCGGCCUUAACCAGUGCUCUGCUUCCGGCUGCCUCUACGGCAUCGUUUACGGUGACAACUCCAUUACAGUUGGGCAACUUAGCCGCGACAAAUUGACCCUGACUGGGUCCGAUGUACUCCCUGGGUUCACCUUCGGGUGUGGUCAGAAAAACCAGGGGAUCUUUGGGAUGGUUGGUGGUCUUCUUGGGCUUGGCCGGACUCAGCUGUCCGUUGUGUCUCAAGCAAGGAACAAGUACGGCGGUGUGUUCAGCUACUGCUUGCCCACAUCAAACAGUGUGGGACACUUGACCUUCGGGCCCGACCCGUCAUCCUUCAGCUCCACUCGGUUCACGCCAUUGCUCCCCAACUCUAAGCUCUAUGUCGUCCCCCUCACCGGAAUGAGUGUGGGUGGACGUCUCCUGCCUCUUUCUCCUGCCUCUUUCUCCUUCCGCCUUUGGAAGCGAAGGCACCGUCUUAGACUCCGGAACUGUGAUCACACGGCUGCCGCCGGCAGUUUACAGUGCACUGAGAUUCCUGGGAUCGCGUUCCACUUUCAGGGAGGCUCGGACUUGGUCCUAAAUGCUGCCAACAUCCUGGUGGUUUCAAGUAUGUCUCAGGUCUGCUUGGCAUUUGCUGGGAACACCAAUGCAGCGGAUCCGGGCAUCAUAGGGAACUGGCAGCAGAAGACUACUCUGCUCGUGCAUGACAUCCCCCAUUCAAAGAUUGGCUUCGUACAAGGAGCGUGCAGCUAA